CAAAAUUCUAACUGUGUCAAUCUUCUUCAACACAUCAAAUUGACCAUGCAUUCGUUGGUGAAGUUAUAGUUUCCAAGUUUGGUAGGUUUGUAAACGUACAACUUGAGAGCUGUUUGAAAUCUCGAAGUAGCUGCCUGCAUAAAAGCAGAGUAUGUAGAUGCCUCUGCCUGCCGCAUUUUAUAAACCAGAUUGCUUGAGUGUUUGACACAGGCCUGUAAAAAGCGUGGGGAUCCAAACCUAUGAGCGCUUUGGAAUCUUCUGUGGGCAAAUAGUCUGCUGCGAUGUACAAGCACCAAGUCAUCAGACCGACCGGGCAGCUCCUACUAGCGCAGCACCAACUUCACAAAUAAUUACGGGAACGCACCACAAAGAGAACAAAAGCGAUCGCCCGCUGCAUGGUUGGGAUACUGGAAAACGCCCAUGCAGGACUUUGCUUUAUAAGGGCCGGACCAAAGAUAUACAAAAGACAUGGCGCGGUGGGUAACAGCGCGAUAAUGAUUUCUGACAGGAUCCGCGUGCCUUUUGGUCGUCUCAAUUAUCAGGCUCGAGCUGCCUAGGAUAUGCACAUCUCUGUGCCUCGUUGCUCGGCUCGCAUGCGCAUUUCACCCUACGUCGACAAAUCGAUCGCCUUCCGUCCGAGCAUGUCUCGAAUAUCCUGCGUUACCACCACGUUCCCGAGUUGCUGACCACUUUGACGCCACUUUCAGAACCAUGAAAGCGCCGCUCGUACAAAUCUGGAAGAUACCGGAAAUUCUUACAUUCUCUUUGCAGCUGACAGGCACUACAGGAGCCGGAUAUUGAAUAGAGCAGAGGUCCGCGUCUGACAUGAAAAGCUGCGCGCUUUCGGGGGCUGAGGUGAGGUGAGGUGAGGUGAGGCGAGGUGGCAAACGGGGGAGGCCGUAAUCCGUCGGGCUCGGAUCCAGCGGUGGAAGGGCCGGCCCCCUUCGGAUUAGCGAGCGGAGGCUUAUAUGGCGAUGGCAGAGUUUAAUAUUGAAAAAAAUUGGAAGAAGGUACAUCGACGAGAGUCUUAUGCAGGCGAGGUCACAUUCUGGAUCGAAAGGACGAUAGUUCCGGCGCUAGAUAUCUCCGACCGAAGUGUGGGGACGAUGUGCGUGCAGACUCGGGCUUGUAGGUGCCAAGGGAUGUGACCCACUCGAGAUGCAUGUCGCGAGAGAAUCAGUUGAACCCGCCUCGGUCACCAUGAUCCCGGACGAAGAAAGGCUCAAGGAAUCUUCGCCAAUUAUAUCACAAUUGCAUUCCAUGUUGCGCAAACCAUUCGUCGUCUCCUUCUGCACUCACGAGGUUCAUCAUCUUCAUUAUCAAAUUCUACCUUUGCUGCUGAGCUCUUUGUCCUCCGCAUUCAGCAUUCAUGCUCUUAGAAUAAGAACACCGACGAGGCGGGUUGAGUGCACUCUGUCUUCCGGAGUCUGUCUCAGUCCUCCAUGUUGCAACUUGGGCGUCUUCACGACAUUAUCCCACCCACACACAUCAACACUUCAGCUCCAGCGAUGGCGAAGCUUUUGAGCCGAUUUUUCCUUCUGCUCAUGGUCAGCUCCUAUCUGGUCACCGGAUCCGCUGCCGCCAGACCAGCACCAGGCCUCGGUCAUCGUUCCCUUUUCGAAAUUGAACUCAGAGCUUCUGUCAAAAUCACACAGGUUUCGACGACGGAUGCAUACGCCAUUCAAAGCAUAGACUUCGACGAGUCUUGCGAGGACUUUUUCGUGGAAAAUCCAACGGAUUGCCCGAAGACAUACAAUGCGCAAUCGAGAGUUGCACAGAACAGUAAUUUCCGUCAGAUUGGCCGAUAAGCAUUUGAAUGGAUCUCUCGUAUGUACAUUGAUAUUACGCAUGGAGAAAGGUUAGAACCGGUAAGAUCAAAUGGCCUGAUCAAAAUUCGAGCUUCGUUCGACCCACGUAAGAGGGAGACUGACGAGACAGAUCUGAAACUCUCUCAUCUUCACGGAAAUUAUGGAGAGCAGCGGACAUUUUUUAUUUGUUCGUUGUAGUGGAAGAGCUGAGCAUCAACUUUGAAAUAGCAAGCAGCUGAUUGCUGGGCUGAUGCUCAUGGCAUAGACUUCCAUUUAGAUGGACUAUGAGCAAAAGUGAUCUCUGCUAAGGUCUAAUAAGGAAAUUGAUCUCUAGCUCUGGACUGCUAAGUAGAGAUUAGCUGAGAAAUAUGCUCGAUCAUAGACUGCUCUCUGUUUCUGAGCAUCACUGAAUGUACUGUCAAUUCCAGAUGUUUCAUUAAGCCAAACUUAAAGAAACACCGGGAAAGUGUGCAUUCGAGUGGAUAAAUUAGUGCAACCCAAAUUCAAAUGACUCGUUGUAAAUUUAAGCUCUU